AUGGAACUUGAUCCCAAAAUGGUAGAGAUCUUCAAAAAGGUUAAGGAAGGAGGCGGCGAGCCUCCCAUGGGUUCACUAGGAUGGGCCAUUGACGAGCAUUUUGGCUCUUUUGAAAAAUUGGUACAGAAGGUGAACGCGGAGGGUGCUGCCUUACAAGGGUCUGGAUGGGUGUGGCUCAGUCUAGACAAGGAGUUUAAGAAGCUUGUAGUUGAAACCACUGUGAAUCAGGACCCACUGGUUACGAAGGGACCAAGAUUGGUUCCGUUUCUUGGAAUAGAUGUUUGGGAGCAUGCAUAUUACUUACAGUGUGAUGGUUAUGAUUUAUGA